AUGGCGGCCACUGCCCGCCGGGAGAUAGACACCGGUGAAGAGGAUAUCGCCGCUAUUGCCAAACAAAUUUCAGACCAUGCGGAAGCCAUAUAUCAGACUUGGAAAGCACGCGGCCUUGCGCCCACGGAAAUACUGUCGUGCAGGCCUACACCCGGGCUAAAGCUGGCCGAGAGCCUACGGACUAAACCUAAACCGGAACCGAAACCUGAAAUAAAACAACGUCCAGAGUUUCGCAGAGAUCGCCCAGAGCUGCGAGAGCAACGGCCAGAUAUACGUUCUGAAACGAGGCCUGACCAAAGGCGAGACCUUCAUACAAAUCCGGAAAGUGAAACCAUUGAAGUGACAUUACCACCAGAUUUAGUACCAGAGCGUAACGGAACAGGAUCUGGAGCAAAUGUGAGACGUGUUGAUUCCGCUGCAAUGCGGCUGGAAGUUGCUCGAGAGGAAGAGAGGCUUCUUCGCGCUUUACGUACCGGUGGGGUUGUUGCCGAACGUCCAGCAGAAAGACCCGAUGUUGUUCCUCCAGUAUCGCUAGUAGAUUAUGCAAAAAGUCGAUAUCAGGAUAGAUUAGAUACUGGUGCGAGGAAGCCUGCGGCGGGGGCCAGUGGAGAGAGAAGAGCGUCAUUUGGUUCUCACGUAACCGAAGCGAGAUCCAAGUUUGAGGCACGAGCCCGCCGUGCUUCUAGUGCCGGGGCUGGCGAGUCCGCAUCAUCAAUGGCGGCUGCACCAGUGCGACCCUUUUUAACGCGCGGUUCCGUUGCCGAACGGGUACUUAUGUUUGAACGAUGUCCGAGUGAAGCUACAUUAGAAUUGGCCAAAAGAAAAUCUCCAGCUGCUACCACGUGGCGAGGACCUCACGAUGUUAUUAUAAGAGCACAGGUUGAAGAUAUU